AACUGAGGAGUACCAACUUGGCGCUGCAAAAUUUUGUUUCUGCCGGCUCCAUCUUCCAUCUCUUCACUGGAUAUAUGGAAGGGGAGAAGAAAAAAGAUGGUGGAACGAGAAGGGCCAUAGUGGUGGGACCAUGGGGAGGAAACGGUGGGACCAGUUGGGAUGAUGGGAGUUAUAGCGGAGUUAGAACAAUCACCCUUGUUUAUGACCGUUGCAUUGAUUCAAUUCGUGUGGAGUAUGAUAAGAGUGGCAAGCCUGUUUUAGCUGAAAAACAUGGUGGAAACGGAGGCAACCACACUACAACUAUAAAGUUGCAAUACCCAGAAGAGUUCUUGACGACGGUAAGCGGCCACUACAGUCCGGUGGUACAUGGUGGCACCCCUGUGAUUCGAUCACUGACGUUUAAGAGCAACCAGGGCAGCUUCGGACCAUUUGGGGUGGAAGAAGGGAUGCCCUUCUCAUUUCCAAUGGAUGGAGGGUCGAUCAUCGGAUUCUGGGGCCGCAAUGGUUGGUAUCUGGACGCCAUCGGUUUCCGUUUGUCUCGCACCCACGCACCAACGCUCCUUAGGAGGGUGAGUUUGAAGCUUCAAAAACUUGGUGAAAGAUCAAAAUCCCUAGUAGCUCCAAGAAAUGGUGAAGACAGUACUGCUAAUAAUAACAGUAAUAGAGCUGCAAUUCGCAAGAGGAAUGCAUAGAAAUAUAUUGUUGAAGUUGAAUCAAUUUUGCACUUCUAUUGCCAUGGACAUGAAUGAAUGCGGUCAACUGCAUUCGGGUUGAGUAUUUUAUUAAUUUGUAGCUUGCGUGCUUGAGAAAGAAAUGCUUGUAAUGUAAUAAUAGACAUUUUGUAUCUCCAUUUUCAUAGUUGUGACAUGAAGAGCGUUUUAUUAUUA